UCCAGGGAUUCCAACACACAUUCCCAACAGAGAGAGGCUAUGCUAAUGGAUGCCAAUGGAACCAAACUCGUAAGGAAUCCGUAGGGUGAGAAACGAUGGCGCCUCUGCCCCUCAACUCCGUCCUCCCAUGCGCCACGUUGAUAGGAUAUGACGUUUGCCGCGCUGAAAUCAGGGGAACAAGACGGGUGGCCCGCGAACAAUGGGCUGAGCCACAAAGGUGCCGAGCUCCUCUCCACGAUUCAAGUCGGGAUGCAGGCAUUUGUCCAGCUGGCCCAGGGUGUCCAUCUGUCCCUCCAGUUGUUCUCCUGGCCGUGGAGACCCUGAGACCCCGUUUGCCACACUACGUAUGUGCUGAGGGCCACCAAUCGCGUUAUCGUAGCUCUGGAGCUGUUGUGAGUCCAGAUCAUCAGAUGAGCGGAAGCCGGACGGUGUAUCCACGUAUGGAGGACACCAACACCCCUUGAUCCACGCUGCUACGCCAUUGAAACUUGCCAAAAUAACAACGCAGUAGCCUCGGGUGCAUAAUUGUCUGUGUGGCUAAGGGGCAAGGGGUCAUCACGUAGAUCAUGGAGUGUCUAGAGAAGUGUGAGGCCUCUGACUGACCCCAUCUUGCGCAAGGUGGCAGCUGUAAGCUUAUAAAUAGUCCCGUCCCUCCCCGUUGAAUCCAAUUUCUU